UCAAAGUUCACAAUGGCAACCAAAGCGUGUGUAGAAGUUUCAAAAGUGUUUGUUGUAAGCAAAAUUUCAAAUAUCGCGAGCUGCCUUAAGAAGUCAAUUGGUGACGUAAUAGUUCAGGAGCUUUCCUUUUCCACAUCCGAAAAUUGUAAGUUUCCUCUACUUCGCCACAUAGGGCCUUAUGAGUUGUCUAAAAGUGAAAGGUGUAAAUGGGGAGCUCUAAUUGUCAAUAUAUAAUUAACUUUAAAUUUAAAAUCUCUCAUUUUAACUGAGGGUCGUUGGUGUUUUUUUAAUGUGAUGAGAUUAAUGUUCUUGUUAAAAACAUUGAUUAUCACUAGGUUAGAUUAUAAAAGAUUGUACUGCUGCAAAUAUUAUAUAUAAUGUGGCUGUGCAGUUAAAAGAUUUCAAUUCCAAAUGUUGAUUGAAGUUCAAUCCACAGCAAAAACCUGGACAAGCAAAAAAAAAGAAAAACGCCAGCGCCAUAGGUGUAUGGCACUCGUUAACCUUGGAGGACAACCAAGAGAGAAGGCAAACUAUGAAUUCAAACCAAGAGAAGUGGUCCUAUUGACUCUCUGACAUUGACACAAUGAAAAUUCUGGCUUGUCCUGCGAGUGUCACAUGGCCAUGGCAUGCACAAAGAGCAGGGUGAAACACAAGAAAAACUGCUGGUCAUCCACUGCAUCCUAGCCAAUUUUCCAGACGUCUUGACAAACUUUUGCCAUUGGAUCAGAAUAUGAAAGGACGAGAAUGUGAGGCUGAUGAAUUCUGCAACUUUCCCCUCACUUUAAACAAAAUAUGGAGCAACUCAAGUCUUGUUCAUCUUUGCUUGAGAAGGAAGGAGAAUAUCAUUAUAUUUAAUGCAUGAAAAAUAUUUACUUUAUAUGGCCUAUGAAAUACCAAUUUUUUUACCAAGGCUUUCUAAUAAUUAUAAUUAUUUUUAGCUCUUUCUGAAGAGGGAUUGAAGAUUAUUCCUGAAAUUGAAUACCUAUUUGCCGACCCAUCUGUAAUUGGGCAAGUUCUUUCUGAUCCCGGAAAUAGUCUGAAAUGGGCACAAAGUACCUUUGCAGGUACCUAACUAAAUAAACUCAGCUAAUAGACAUACAUAUCAAUAAGCACAUGCUUCUACUUGGUUAAAUGCUAUAUGGUAAAAUAUUUAUACAAUAAUGAUGAGAGACUAAUCAAUACUUCAUCACAGUUUGAUCAUUACACUGAAAAGUCAGAAUCACAAUCUGAGGGUUUAAUUUCGUGUUGAUAUGUAAACAGAUUUUUUUAAACACAAGAAAAUAUUUUCAGUGGUUACAAGUUUUAAGGUUAUAAUAAAAUGUUGACAAUAAUGAUUUCAAGUACCAUUAUUGCUCUAUUUCAAUCAGUAUUUUUCUGACAAUUUUUUAAGGUGUGGAGCCAAUCAUCAAAGCAGUUAACAAAAUUGAGGUCCGUAACCAAUUUUUUUGUUUCGUUGAUAGUUAAAAAAGAUAUUCCCAAAUCUCAUUGUUGAUAGUUUUCAACAUUUAAAAUAACAUUAUUUCACACAUAUUAACCUUUUAUUUUUUUAUUGCCAUCAAUUCAGUAGAAUAAAAAUACAUUAGACAGUCCUGUAAUUAUUAUAAUUAUAAUACUGUUGUCCAAGUAAGAAUUAAAUUAUUAUUUGUUUCAGGAGAUUCCAAGUGCCAUAGUUUGUCGACAGACAGGUGGUUUUGGUCAGUCUAUGGGAGAAUAUGUCAUUGGUCAAAUAAUUGCAAGAGAACGAAAAUUUUCCUUCAUGAAUGACCUACAGCGACAGUCAUCUUAUGACGAGUAGGAACUUUAGUUUAGUGUUAUUGUUACAAAAGAAUGUUUGGGAUAAUUUUUUUAUUCUAAUAUCAUAUAUAAAAUUUCUCUUAUUAAAAAAAAACCACACCAAUAAGCUCACAUAUGAGGUUCAGCAGCAACCAGGAUUACAAACCGUUUCUAAAUUCACAGAACAAUAAAGUAUUUUAUUAAUUUCAUUAACCAAGAAGACAUUUCAGUUUGAUACAAGAAUAAAAUAUAUCUAUUUAAUUUGUGAAAUAAUUUUUAUAGACACUUUACUAGACUAUGCUUUUUGUUUCUCAGAGCAAUCAAUAUUGUUUAUAAAAGUUUUAAAUAUGGAUCAAAACAUUUUAAAAAUAUUUCAGAAUGUUUUAUCUGUAACAAAAAUGAAUCUUAUAAUUUUUGUUACAGUUACAGAUCUGAUUUAAUAAGCUACCGAAAUCUUGAUACCCUUUCUAUUGGAAUUUUAGGUCUAGGGACCAUAGGGGCUGAAGGUUUGUUUUAGUAAAUGAAAAAUUUAAGAACCAUUUCACAAUUAUUUCAUCUAUGAAACAAACCAAUAAUAUAGAUAGAAUUUUAAAAAUGUGAUUUAAAAACUUUAAUUUAAGUGAAAGGAGAAUAGUUCCAGUAGAUAAACUAUUUUGAAUGUAAAAUUUUGGCAGUGUCCAAUAAAUUAAAUUAAUUCUUGCUUCUCAAGACUGAAACUGUUUUAAAAGCAUGAAUUGUAGCGUAAUAUAAACAAAAGUUCUUUACAAUGUCAUGUGUUUUAUCUCAUGUUCAGUUGCUCGACAGUGUAAGGCACUAAAUAUGACUGUUUGGGCUACCUUAAGAGACGAACGAUUCAUUUCUGAUGAAGUCAAAUGUGAACAUGUGCAUAAUUUCAGGUGAGUUCGAGUAUUGAUUUGAGCCAAGGUGCUUUCCAAUCCAUUUUUUUACAUUCACACAACUUAUGACCUCAUUCCAUUGCCACUGUUGAACGUCAUGUGUUUUCAUGUUGUUUUCUUUGUUUUUUAGGAAUGAUGAAUAAUUAUUGUUUUAUGACCAUUCUAUGACUGUAAUAAUUCUAUGUAAUUAUGUAUUUAUUGAGACUGCCCCUAACCCCAUACUUUUGCAACAUACCCUAAUCUGACAUCCUUACUCCUCCCCUUAAAGCAUGCUUGAUACAUGGAUAAACCUCAUUUAGAGCAAUGGUUGCUUACAUUCAGUAAUAUUUUGAACUACCGUAUUUUCCAGCGUAUAAGACGACUUGGCGUAUAAGAGGACCCCCUACUUUUCCAGUUAAAAUCUAGGGUUUGGGCUGUAUACCAGCUCAUAAGACGAUCCCCGGCGUAUAAGACAAUGCCUGACUUUUGAAAAGAUUUUAAUGGGUUAAAAAGUCAUCUUAUACGCCGGAAAAUACGGUAAUCAAGCUGUACAAUCUAGAUAUUUUAAUGAAUAAAAAUGGUAACUAUAUUAUUGUCACCCUUAACCAGCACACUUUGUGAAUAAUAAUGGGAGAUAAUUAUCAGAUGAGUUUUCUUGAUUUGUAAAAUGCUUAACACAAUAACAAAAUAAAAGGUGACAUGUUGAUAUGAUAAAAUAUGCCAUUUAUUUCUAGGCCCAUUUCCCUUCUGCAUGAAAUGGUUUUAGAAGUGGACUACCUUGUAAAUAUCUUGCCCAGUACAAUGCAAACUAGAGGGCUUCUUAGUGGAGAGGUUCUCAAGUCAUGUGAAAAGAAGGUGACCAUAUAAUUAUAGGUUCCUGUUUUACCAAACUGAUAAAUUUACCACCAAUACAAUACAGAUGAUGCAUUUCAUAAAAAAUAAUUACAAAAUUAUAAGUACAUAGUCUCAUUUUUGCUUUCAGAAAACUGUCUUUAUUAACAUCGGACGAGGUGAUGUUGUGGAUGAUGAAAGUUUAGUUCAAGCUCUCAAGUAUGUUUUCUAAUGUCUAAAAGUUGGUUUUUUAGUCUAGAACCUGAAACUUUCAUGUCACAUUAUUGCCCUUUAAGUAGGAAAUAUAAAUGUUUUGGAAAAUAUCAAAUUAGCUGCACAAGAUAUUUUAGAAUUUGUUAGCUAAUAUUUUUAAGUUACAUGAAAAUUUACUUCAUAGAUUUUCAAAAAUUUCAAGUCAGUCUUACAAAUGUUAAUAAAGAAAAUUAAUUAAGUUGUGCAACUUUUUUCUUUAUUAAAACUGAAUUAAUCAUAUUUUAAGCAUAGGCCUACUUCAUUACGAACAAUCUCUUACAGUACUAUCUAAAGGUCUUAGAAACCCUAAACCACUCGGCCAUUUGAUAAAACAAAUUUUUGUGUCAUCUUCCUGCAUAAUUAUCUGUAUACCCAUAAAUGCAUACAAAUUGCAUGUUAUCCAUGUGAGAGUUAAAGCAUUAUGAGGCUUAUUCAUUGAUGCCCUGAGCACAUUUAUUACUUACAUAUAAAAUAAGAAAGCUCAGUUGGUAAUGAUGGACUUGUUUUUUUAUUUCUCUAGCCGUGGUUGGUUGGGGGGUGCGAUACUUGACGUGUUUAAUACAGAACCUCUGCCAAGCUCAAGUCCCCUGUGGAAGACGCCAGGCGUGACAAUAACACCUCAUGUUAGUGGGAUUACUGAUACCAACAAGGUUUGUGGGGUGGAUUUAAUAUUCAAUAGAAAUAUUUUUUUGACAUUGUUUAAUAAGUAUUGUCUGAAAUGGGAUUACACUUAAGUGUCCUAUACCUGCUGACAAAUACAAUUAUCAUAUUAUUUUAAAAUGCAUAAUUUUUUAUUUUUUUUUAAGUUCUUUGUUCCAUAAAAACCUGCCCCUAUUAGACCCUCUGACAAAUCAGGCCAAGACUUUAGGAAGAGAUAAUGUCUUUUUGAUUUGCAGGUAGAGUCUUGAUCAAUGGUGCAAGAAGAAAAAAGAAAUGAGAAAUAUAAAACUAUUUUAAGAAAGAAAAUAUGUCUAUAACUCUUUUGACAAGCUCGGUGGCCAUAUUAUGUUCUUAAUUAUUUUAAGCUGAAUUCUUCAGAAAUGUGCAUAGACGAAUCAAGUCUAAAAAAUAAUUUUGUCUGGGUAACUGGUAUUGGCUGGCUUGUAUGUUGCAGCUAAGUUAAUGAAGCAGCCAAAUAUAUUAUCUAUUUGGUAAAAUAUGUCAGUUUUAAACCAGGUUUUAUAUUAUAUUAGUUUAAAUUGUUAACCGCAUCAAAAUAUUACAGAUGCUGAAAAUAUAACAAAUGUAACAAAUUUUUAGUUUGGAACAUAAUCUUAUUUCUUAUCUUGUUAAGAGAUUUAAGCAAAUAGGAUAAACAAUGAUGACAGUGAUUGUCAAAAAUAAAAAUAAACAAAUAAAAUUAUUGAAAUCAUCCAGAGAUUUUAAAAACAAAUGAAUAUAUAUCUAUGAUAAGUAUUUUCAUAAACAAAUCUCUCUUAAUGAUUUUGAACCCAAUCUCAACAUCAUUAAUUUUUAUGAAAUUUCUUUUCUUAUCUCAGGCUGUGCAAACUUUUAUGACCAAUCUUCAGCUGUACAGGGCUGGUCAACCAAUGAUCAACAGAGUAGAUUUUAGGCGAGGCUAUUAAAACCAUUCCUGUUGUGUACCUGACUAUAACUACUUACACAGUGCUGCUAUAUCAUACUAAAAUAUGAUUGUUACCGGUAUAUAUUAUAUUAUAUAGAUUUAACUAUGAAAACAAUUGCAAUGAUAUUAAUUUUCAUAAGACGCUGCUUCUUAAAACGUCCCCAUAAAUUGGAUUAGAUGUAAUUUUGUUUUUUUUUUUUAUCAGAGAUUUUCCUUUCUGAAAAAUAUUAAUAAGACAUUUAAUAAUGGGAUUUCUUUUCAAAAAAAAGACUAAGCACUAAACAUUAUAUUUGCAUUAAAAAUUUUAAAAAAAAAACAGAAGUUUAUUUUAUUUUCCAUAAGUUACGAAGAUUGUCAUAAAAAAGCAGUUUAUUGGUAUCUUUCAUAUUAUAUUUUCUUGAAUUAUUGAAUAUGAUAACCAGAAAAUGUAACUAUUGAACAUACAGUUUUGGACCUCCUGCUGGUUAUUCAGAAUGUCAAAGUGGUAGUAUCUACAAAUUUGGCAAAUACUUUAUGGGGUCUUAAUUUUUCUAAAGUCACAUCUUGUCAGUUAUCCAGUAGUCGAGGUAAAAUUUUUUCAUCAUUUAGUGACUGUGUUCAUGGAAAAGACUUCUUACUCUGAAAUACUUCAUUUCUUACCUACUGCUCCAAAGUUGCUGCACUUUUUGACAACAUACAUAUAUGAUAUAUUAUGUAUUUCUGAUGAUAUUGUUCUAUAAUGCUAGACAUAAAGCCUCGACCAUUUCUUUAAGUAGUAAAUGACAAAUUUCUUGCUGUGUGUAUCCAUUGAUGCUAGACUAAGAGCAUAUAAAAUCUUAUCCCAUUUGUUGUCUUCUCUUCCAAACCCUGAGCUUGGUUGUGUAUUUAUGUUAUUACCAUUACGAUACACAGUGUUUAUGAUAAAAAAAAAUUGUUUUGCAAAUGUUAUUUAUUUCAGAUAUUACUUAAUUUUUUCAUCUCAGCGACCAUAAUUUAUGUUAUUAGUCAUUGUAUCCAGAUUGGAUCAUUCUUUUGUUAUCAAUUUGAGUUCUUGUACAAAAUUUGGAAUGAGAUUUUUUAAAUUUUUUUUUUAAGCAAUUUAAAUUUAUGAGUAACUUAUUUGUUAAACUUGUAAAUUAAAACUGCCAAAGCCACCUUAUUAUCUUCAGAAUGUAUUUAAGUUUUUACAAUUAAAUAUCAAUUUUUU